AUGGCAGACAAGAAAGAAGAAGUCAUCCCCAACGAGGUAUUGCAAAACACACUCAACAAACUGCAGAUAGCAGACGCGCCAAGCAAUAAUCAAAUAUUAUAUAUUAUAAAACGAGCAAAUUUAUCAAGCACAGUUGUGCUAGCAGCAGUUUCUCUUUUAUUUACUGCCAGAGAGAAGCUCUCAGCGUACAUACAAAAGAUAAGAAGCACCCCGGAAUCAAAAAAACACAGGGCACUCGCUCUGGAGAGAGCCACUACACUGUUCAAUAAUACGUACAUCCUUUUCUCAGUGUGCUUGGUCAUAUCUUCGAAAUACCUCAUAGAUAGAUCUUACAUUAACAGAACCUGGGCCAACAUACUAAUGAUAAACAGACAAAUGCUAAAUAGCUAUGAAAUGUGUCUUUUAGAGGCACUUGACUACCAGGUAAUACUAACAAAGGUUAAGCUAGACAGCCUUCUUAAGAAAGCAGAAGAGCCAGGACUUGCAAAAAAGGAGAAGAGAGAGAAUCGGUUUGUUAGAAACGUGAAGAGAAUAAUUACAUGUCUUUUUAAGAAUGUUGGAUAG